GCAUCACCACAGUUACGGCAGCCAGGAUUCUAAAAGGACAAAUGGCCGGACAAACAGGCGAAGAGUACUCUUUAGAGAUGGACAAGUUCCCCUACACAGCUUUGUCUAAGACAUACAGUGUAGAUCAGCAGAUGCCUGACAGUGCUGCCACCGCCACUGCCUACCACUGUGGUGUAAAGGCCAACUAUGGAACGUUGGGCCUUAGUGCAGCCGCACGGCGAGACCAAUGCAGCACAACCCAGGGCAACGAGGUCAAGUCUGUUCUUCACCGAGCCAGGAUGGCAGGGAAGUCGGUGGGUAUUGUGACCACCACCAGAGUCCAACACGCCUCGCCAGCUGCUGCCUACUCACACUCGGCCAAUCGAGGCUGGUACAGCGACAAGGAAACUAGCAGAAACUGCAAGGACAUUGCCUACCAGCUGGUUCACAACACUGAUAUCAAUGUUAUCCUGGGAGGGGGUCGGCGGUAUAUGCUACCAAAGACCGUUAAAGAUCCGGAGUAUCCCAAGUAUACUGGAAGUCGGCAAGACAAUACCAAUCUUAUUGACGUAUGGCUGAAGAAUAAGAAGAAUGCUAAAUAUGUGUGGAAUAAGAAACAACUGGAUGACAUUGACGAGGAAAAGACAGACUACUUAAUGGGACUCUUUGAGCCAAAAGACUUAGAUUAUGAACUCUACAGAUCCAAAGACUCAGACCCAUCGCUCACAGAGAUGGUGGAGAAGGCUGUCAAAAUACUGCGCAGGAACCCCAAAGGAUUCUACCUUUUCGUAGAAGGGGGGAGAAUCGACCACGGCCAUCAUGGCAACAGGGCAAGGAGGGCGCUCACGGAGACUGUGGAGUUUGACAACGCCAUCGGCAAAGCGUUGUCUCUCACCAGUGCCCAAGAUACCCUGUCGGUGGUCUCAGCCGACCACUCCCACGUCUUCACCUUUGGGGGCUACUCUGCAAGAGGAAAUCCCGUUUUAGGAUUGUCACGGAUCCGGGCCAAAGAUAAGAAGCCAUUCACAACCGCCCUAUAUGGAAACGGCCCUGGGUACAUCCGUGGCAGUCGACCAAACCUUAGAACCACUGUGACAGAUGACAAAAGCUACAGACAGCAGUCCGCGGUGCCUCUGAACUCCGAGACGCAUGCCAUUGAAGACGUGGCCAUCUUCGCCCAAGGCCCCAUGGCCCAUCUGUUCCACGGGGUCCAGGAGCAGAGCUACAUUGCCCAUGCCAUGGCCUACGCCGCCUGCCUGGAGCCCUACCAAGACUGCCAGCUGACAGACAGACCUAACAAUUUUUAAUUUGUCCAGAGCAACCUGCUGCUCUUGUUGCAUCCCAUACUAUCCUCUGUCCUCUGUUCUGUCUAAAAGUGUACACAAACUCUCACACACCUGCACAUGCACUCAUGAGCACACACACACACACACACACACACACACACACACACACACACACACACACACACACACACACACACACACACACACACACACACACACACACACACACACACACACACACACACACACACACACACACACACACACACACACACACACACACACUUGCAUACGAACACAUCCAGUCACAUGCAGGCGCAUUGUGCAUGUGUGCGCAGACACACGCUCACAGUACAGUCUCUGUUUCCAGCUCUUGCUGAUUGACUGUCUGGUCUAAUUAUUUUCAGUAGGCAGGCAGAGAAAAAAUAUCCUGUACAGUAUAUAAUCUUUUUUAACUUUGCUAACUUUGCUAAAAAGACCUUUCCUACUAAUUUAUACAUUUCUCUGCUUAUUACUUGUGCUUUUCAUUGUUUUAGAGCAACAUUAUGAAAUAAAAUAAAACGCCACAU